CCCCACUCCCUCCCCACACUUAAGUCCAACUCCCCCACACCCCGGUACAGCCACCGGGCUCCACUCCUCCUCGCUCUCGCACAGCCACAUUCUCUCCUCUUCGGCCGGCCUCACACAGCUCCGUACAAACCACACAGCUCCAUCAUCUCCAAGCUCCCUCCCCCCUCUUCCCCCUUUGCAAGGCGCAAGCGGCUGCGGGGCUGCCCGACCUCAAGUCGCGUUCGUUGUACAGGGUAUGUCCCUCACCGCGAAGAUGCUCCUCUCAAGGUUGCUUCUUGCAGUGCGGGGAGCAGCGAGCAACUUGGUCCACCUGUGCUGGCCAGCGCCGUCCUCUCUGAAUAAGAACAGGAAGUGCUUCCGACUCCUGGCCUGCCACUCGUGCGUCGUCUUCUCGCUGGUGUCCGCUCUGCUGCUGCUCCAGGCUUCCCACCAUGUGACCCUCCAAAGCCGCCAGUCGCCGUCUCGGCAGUCGCUCCUGCAGCGGCUGCGUCAGACCGUCGCCGGCCAAGCGCGACCGAGCCAGGCGGAGGCGGCCGGCCAGCGCGCUCGGAGCCUUCUGCCCGUCGACCGCGCGGGCACCGAACGCCCGGGCGGCAUGGAGGAGGGGGAGGCACUCCGGUGGCCGACCGCCAUCGGCCACGCAGCCCCCGGACAAAGAGAUGCUCAGAAAUUCGCCGCCAAAAACGCGGCCGCUGGAAAACCACGGGCCCCGCUCCCAGGUGGUGUGCGUCUGGAUGAGACGCGUCUGAACGGAACCCACAGAGUCAACAAACAUUCGGCUCCGACGAGGGACAGUGACACUCAGAGAGGUCAAGGUCACAAGAUCGAUAUAAAUGACACCGGGGAGGCGCGAGAAGGAUUGAACAGCAAACCACAUGCCGAGGACCUGGGGGGCUGGUGGCACCUUGUCCCCGGCACCAACAUCUACCUGCUCUCCGCUCAUCUCGAUGAUCGCUUCAAGAUGGGUGCGUUCGUGCGGAUCCUGACGGUUUCACCGCGCAAAGAGGACCCUAACCUGUGCUGCACUCACUGGCGUCAAGGCAAGAGAAAUACGACCAUCCGCAUAUAUGAGCGGGAACUGCAUCCAGCUCAUUAUGGCUACAGGUACGCGGUUCACAGCCUGGUGUGUCUCAUUCCCCCGUGGCAGUCGCCGCCCGACCGCGUGUCGGUUGCCCUGUGCAAGCUGGAUCCACCGGCAGAGAGCGAAGGCCGCACCUCGCUACUCGUGCACCGCCCGACGGGCCCCAAGGUAGAUUUUGCCGUGUGCCUGCCCAUGCUCUUUGGCCGCUACGAUCGGCUCCUUCACCUGCUUCAGAGCGUGGAGUUCUACCGCCUUCUGGGCGCGAGCCUGGUCACCGUGUACAACUACAGCCUGGGCCCGAACGUGGACGCGGCACUGCACCUGUACGCCAAGGCGGGACUGGCGAAUGUGCUGCCCUGGCCGGUAAGCGAGCAUCUCAACGUGUCCACGGGAUGGCGCCUGAACCGGAACCCCGGCGACGUCCACUACUACGGGCAGAUCGGCUGCAUGACCGACUGCCUGUACCGCUCGGCGCACCGCGCCCGCUGGGUCUUCAUGAACGACAUCGACGAAGUCGUGGUGCCGCACGCCUACGCCAACUGGAGUGAGAUGGUGAGCGCCCUGUCUCCGGUGGGUGGCGAGAGUAACGGCGUGCAGCGCUUCUCCGUUUUCACGUUCAAGAACGGCAUCUUCCCACUGGAGCCACACGCCAUCUACCGCAAGCUGCCCGCGCGCGCCUGCGUGCACGAGACCGAGGCUGACGUGGACUACUUGCGCACGCUCAGGCUCGUUACGGAUGGCAGGGCGACCAAGGUGCUGGUGGACUCGCGCUCGGUGGUGCACCAGGGCGUCCACCGCGCCGACACGCUGCUGCAGGGCGCGCUCGUGCUCAACGUGCCUGAGCAGGCGGCCCUGCUCCACCACUACAAGUCCGUUGGGUCGGCGCUGUUCCAGCCGGGGACAGAGAACGUGACGGAGGACCGGGCGACGCUGCUCUACAGGGAGCGGCUGCUUCCCCGCGUGCACGCCAUGCUGGCCCUGCUGUGCGCGCAGGGCGGGCCCCACGUGGUGCCCAAGCAGGCGUCCAAAUCUGCUAAACGCCCCACGAAAAAGCGGCCCAAGACGUAGAGAGCGCUCCGCGCGUAACGACGCUUUGUUUUUCUUCUCGUCAGUUUUCCCAUUGUGGGAGCUUUGAUGGAAGACUUGAUGAAAACAAAACAGUAUAUAUUCUUUAAGAAAAAAAACCUUUUAUACUUGACUCACUUUUUAUUGAGAUAUUUAGUUGGUUUUGUCACUGUGAAUGUGCAACGCCUGGGUGCCAACACUAAUUAAGGAAGGGUACGAUCUCCAACAUAAAUUACACGUUUGUGAUUACAAUGUGGUAGAUUUGUAAAAUAACUGGCCUUUAGUCUGAUUUUAAUUAUUUUUUUCCAGGUAGUAUAUACAUCCUAGAAAGCUGCUUUAUGGGAUAGGUAUUUUAAAUUUGAGCGGUGGUGCACUACUACUGCGCUGUGAAUCGAACUAAUCAAAUUUGGUUCCCGGCCACGGCUCACAUCAGUGGCGAGUGAUAUUUGAACUGGUCUUGAAUCAGCGCUCUCCCACCUCCCCUCGCCCCUCUUCACUAACCCAGCACUGACCAGAGUGGUGAAAUAUAGUCAAACAACCCCCACGACUAACGCAGCUUCAGGAAGAGGCCCUUAUCGAGUGGUGGAUUGACAAAGAGCUGACAUUUUACUCAUGUUAUUUUAUACUACGGGAUUCAAUAUCUUAAUGCAACCUCAUCUCAAGACGCCACACAAAAUGGUGGGACAUGCACACAGGUUUGUUCGUUGAGAUGGGUUACCGCUAGUAUAAAUAAAAGACUGCACAUUUAAAUUUACGCAAGCUAUAAUAGGCUAAUGGCCAACUCUGCACCCGAUUGGCAAUGCGCUCUUGCAAUCGGAAAGACAGAUUUGCGGUUUGUGAUGUCCUCUUAACCAUGCAAGAAAUCAAGACUGGCUGUUAUUCUCAUAGGAUGUAUCGCUGAACUUACCAGGCCACGUUUUUGCAUAUUUACAACGCACAUAUAAGUAAAAGCUAAGGUGCAGCUCUGCAAUUGCUUGCUCACGCUCCUGCUGGUGGAAGGGCCUCCCACUAGACAGUGCUACAGAGCCCUUCUCGGGGGUGUUUUUUCGUGGCCGACUCUUCCAUGCUGGCCACAUGUCUCGGAAGAAGUGGGAGUAACCCCACACGUUAACCCCAUUACAACCGAUCUUCAGAUCGACUAACUGGUGUGCGGUAGAACCCCUUUUAACGACGGCAAUUGGUUCCAUGAAACCGGUCGUUAAAUGAUUUGGUCGUAAAGCGAGGAUAGGAAAUAUAUGUGAAAGGCUUAAUUAGUUCCGACAGCUAUCGAAAGUUACCUUUUUUCACCCAAAAAGUACUUUAUAAUACUUAAACAAUGUAUAUUCACACAUAAAUAUACUAACAACAUAAACACAUAAUAUUAAAAGGAAACAUGGUUAAUCAAUCAAUUAGUUAAUAUUUACUUUACCUGCAAUAGCUCAUCGUUAACAGGGAAAUGGUCGGUAAGCGAACAUAUUGGGCUCUAUGGGGGCACUACACAACUAUACACUACGCUAUACACUACACUACUAUACACUACACAUUGGGCUCUGUGGAGGCCCGUCGUUAAGUGAUUAGUCGUUGACAGGGGUGGUCGCUAAGAGGGUUCUAUUGUACUCGUUUAUACUGCAGGGUGGACAGAGGAGGGUUUGAUUGAAUAAACGUGGGCCCUUUGUUUCAA